UGGAAUACAAUUGAAAUCAAUCAUUUUAACCUAAAUCAUUUCUCACUUGGUUUCACUGGUAACUAUUUCUCGCGCGCGCGCUUUAGAAUCAGAUGGAGGAAAAUGAAGGGAAAAAUUAAUUGAUGGUAUUAUUUGGAAUCCCAGAUCCGAAUAAUUCUUCCUGAAUUUUACUUCCUCCUGUUUCCAAGUUUCAACGAAGCUGAUUCAGUCCAUUUCUCCUACCGAAUCAAUCUCUUGAACAGGUUGUCGCUUGGCGAUUUCAGGAUCGAAUUUGUGGUGAACGUUUUCUUUCUCCCUGUCCUUUUCUCAAUUUUGAUUCCGCGAUUAAGAUCGUAACCCAAUUCGUCUAUUCUGUAAUUUUCAUUUCUUUUUUCUGGGUUCCAUUCAACUGGAAGAAUUUUUUUGUGUUUGAUUUGGCUACAUACUGUCGAUCUUAUUAAUUUAGUUAUGAUAUUGUUCUUCCCGAACCAACCGUAAUUGUGACUUCUCUGUAUUCUUCUCGAACUCGUAGCUCUCCGUUAUGGACAAUUACGGUUCUUCCCCUUCAUAUCCAUACCACCAUCCAUAUGCAUACCCUCGUCCAGUUCCUCCUCAAUACCCACCGCCUCCUCAAUAUCCACCUCCUCCUCAACAUCCACCUCCUCCUCAUUAUACGCAUCCAAAUUCAGAUCCAUAUGCUCGUCCUCCGUACCCUUACCCGUAUGAUCCUUCACAUGCCUCUGUAUUUGCAUAUCCCCCACCCCCAUCUCAUUCUGGCCAAGUAGAGUAUUUUCAACAUCCACCUCCACACUCUGGGCCUAUACCUUCCCCAUAUUCUUACGGUGAUGCCUCUUAUACUAAUGAUAGUGCCAGGCCAUCCAUUCAAUAUCAUAACAAUUUCCAACCUGGUACAUCCCCAUAUCGGUAUGAAGAAUCUAGUACAUACCCUCCCCCAGAAACUCAAUACCCACCACCCCCUUCGCGAGUAAAUAACUCCUCUGGCCACUAUGAUAGCACUGAUUCGGUAUCGCCUGGCUCUUCUGCAUACCCGCCUUUGGAUGACCCUUUGUGUAAUGUACAUUUGUCUGAUCAUCAACCAACUGCUCCUGCAUCACCUCCUGCGCCUGCACAGCCUUCAGUUUCAUUAUUGUCGCAUUCACCUCAAAUUACAAGAUAUGAUCGAUUCACCUCAAAUUACAAGAAUGAAGAAUCUAGUACAUACCCUCCCUCAGAAAGUCAAUACCCACCACCCCCUUCACGAGUAAAUAGCUUCUCUGGCCACUAUGAUAGCCCUGAUUCUGUUUCGCCUGUCUCCUCUGCAUACCCGCCUUUGGAUAGCCCUUUGUGUAAUGUACAUUUGUCUGAUCAUCAACCAACUGCUCCUGCAUCACCUCCUGCACCUGCGCAGCCUUCAGUUUCAUUAUUGUCGCAUUCACCUCAAAUUACAAGAUAUGAUCGAUUCACCUCAAAUUACAAGAAUGAAGAACCUGGUACAUACCCUCCCCCAGAAAGUCAAUACCCACCACCCCUUUCACGAGCAAAUAGCUUCUCUGGCCACUAUAAUGGCACUGAUUCCUCAUCGCCUGUCUCUUAUGCGUACCCGCCUCUGGAUGACCUUUUGGGUAAUGUACAUUUGUCUGAUCAUCAACCAACUUCUCCUGCAUCACCUUCUGCCCCUGCACAGCCUUCAGUUUCAUUAUUGUCGCAUUCACCUCAAAUUAUAAGAUAUGAUCGGCGCGACCGAUUUUAUGGCUUUCCUAAUUCAUCAUUUUCUAGUUUCGAUACGGGGAAUUCAUAUCAAAUGGCUUCAUCCAAUCAACCUUCAUUUUCCCAUUCAAGCUCAUUCGGUGGGUCUCAACAUAGUCAGGACUUGCAGAUUGUUCCAUUGCACAGUAAAGCAUCAUUGAAGGUUUUGCUGUUGCAUGGAAACUUAGAAAUAUGGGUUAAUGAGGCCAAAAAUCUUCCAAACAUGGACAUGUUUCACAAGACCUUGGGGGAUAUGUUUGCAAAAUUACCUGGGAAUAUGAGCAACAAAGUUGAAGGACAUGUGAGUCAUAAGAUCACUAGUGAUCCUUACGUUUCGAUCUAUGUAGCAAAUGCAGUAAUUGGGAGGACUUUUGUUAUAAGCAACAAUGAAAAUCCUGAAUGGAGGCAGCAUUUCAAUGUUCCCGUUGCACAUUAUGCUGCUGAAGUAGUUUUUGUCGUUAAAGACAGUGAUGUUGUUGGUUCGCAGCUAAUAGGAACUGUAACAAUUCCUGCAGAACAAAUAUAUGCAGGGUCUGUAGUUGAGGGAACCUUCCCAAUCCUACUUGGUGGGAAGCCAUGUAAGCCUGGAGCUGCUCUAACUAUUUCUAUUCAAUAUACCCCAAUGGAGAGGCUUAGCACUUAUCAUCAUGGAGUGGGAGCUGGCCCUGAUUACCAGGGGGUUCCUGAUACAUAUUUCCCCCUCAGAAAGGGUGGAGCUGUCACUCUGUACCAAGAUGCCCAUGUUCCAGAUGGACACCUUCCAAAUUUGAUGCUUGAUAAUGGUAUGUACUAUGUACAUGGGAAGUGUUGGCAUGACAUCUUUGAUGCUGUACGUCAGGCUCGCAGGUUAAUUUAUAUAACUGGGUGGUCGGUGUGGCACAAAGUGAAACUAGUUCGAGAUACUGGCUAUGGGACAGAGUGUACCCUUGGAGAUCUCCUGAGGUCAAAGUCCCAGGAGGGAGUGAGAGUUUUGCUUCUUGUUUGGGACGAUCCCACUUCUAGGAGCAUUUUGGGGUAUAAAACUGAUGGUUUCAUGCAAACCCAUGAUGAGGAAACUCGCCGAUUUUUCAAACAAUCCUCUGUACAAGUGAUACUUUGUCCUCGGAUGGCUGGAAAACGACAUAGCUGGGUUAAGCAAAAGGAAGUUGGAACUAUCUAUACACACCAUCAGAAAACUGUUAUUGUGGAUGCUGAUGCUGGAAAUAAUAGAAGAAAAAUCAUAGCUUUUGUUGGAGGGCUCGAUUUAUGUGACGGGCGGUAUGAUAAUCCAUCACAUCCCAUAUUUCGGACACUUCAAACAGUACACAAGGAUGAUUAUCACAAUCCUACAUACACGGGUAGUACUGUUGGUUGUCCAAGAGAACCGUGGCAUGAUCUGCACAGCAAAAUUGAAGGUCCAGCAGCAUAUGAUGUUUUGACCAAUUUUGAGGAGCGAUGGAGGAGAGCUUCAAAACCUCACGGGAUAAAAAAGUUGAAAUCAUAUGAUGAUGCUUUGCUGCGUAUUGAAAGAAUUCAUGACAUAAUUGGAAUUUCUGAAGCGUACUGUAACUAUGAAAAUGAUCCUGAAUCAUGGCAUGUGCAGAUUUUUCGUUCAAUUGAUUCAAGUUCUGUUAAAGAUUUCCCGAAGGACCCAAAAGAUGCCCCAAGCAAGAACCUCGUAUGUGGAAAGAAUGUGCUGAUUGACAUGAGUAUACACACAGCAUACGUGAAAGCCAUUCGAGCUGCCCAACACUACAUUUAUAUAGAGAACCAAUAUUUCAUUGGAUCAUCCUUCAAUUGGAAUUCAAACAAAGAUAUAGGUGCCAACAAUUUGAUUCCAAUGGAAAUUGCGCUAAAGAUUGCUGAUAAAAUCAGAGGAAAUGAGAGGUUUGCUGCAUAUAUUGUCAUCCCCAUGUGGCCUGAGGGCGUCCCAACUGCUGCUGCCACUCAGAGAAUACUAUUUUGGCAGCAAAAAACCAUGCAAAUGAUGUAUGAGGUCAUUUACAAGGCCUUGAUGGAGGUUGGUCUUGAGGAGGCAUUCUCUCCUCAAGACUAUUUGAACUUCUUCUGCCUGGGAAAUCGUGAGGAUGUGGAUGGAAAUGAUCCUUUAUCUUCUGGAAGCCCUAGUGCAGAAAACUCCCCUCAGGCACUUAGUCGGAAAAGCAGAAGGUUUAUGAUAUAUGUUCACUCCAAAGGCAUGAUAGUUGAUGACGAGUAUGUGAUUUUGGGAUCUGCUAACAUCAACCAGAGAUCCAUGGAAGGAACUAGAGACACUGAGAUUGCUAUGGGAGCCUAUCAACCUCAUUAUACAUGGGCAAAGAAGCGUUCACGUCCUCGUGGACAGAUCUAUGGAUAUAGGAUGUCAUUGUGGGCGGAGCAUACAGGAACGAUGGAAGAGCGUUUCAAUGAACCGGAGAGCCUGGAAUGCGUGAGAAGAGUUAGAACAAUGGGAGAAUUAAACUGGAAACAGUUUGCUGCAGAUGAGGUAACAGAGAUGAGAGGACACCUUCUGAAGUACCCUGUUGAAGUUGAUAGAAGAGGGAGAGUAAAAUCCCUUCCUGGACAUGAAAAUUUUCCAGACGUAGGAGGAAAAAUAGUUGGUUCAUUUCUUGGGAUUCAGGAGAACCUCACUAUCUAAAUAACCUCUGAUUGUAUUCAAGACCUAACGAACGAGAGCCCUCUAGUUUCUAGCUCUGGAUAGUUUUGUUAGUAACUAUUAAGGAAAAUGAAGGGAGAAUUUGUACACAGAAUGGCCAUCUUUUUCUCCCGUUUUCUUGGGAGUGGCCUUUGUAACCCACAUUCAUGUGGUUCUGUUUUUAGUGUUAAUAAUAUCUGUUAUUUG